AAUUUGUAUUGAGAAUUUGAGAACUUUUCAAUUUUCAGGAUAAGUUCUCCUCAUUUUACUCAUAAUAAGGUUGAACUUCCUUAUUUGUUGUGUUCUUUUUGAAAAAUUAUUUCCUAAAUCGAAAACAAUUUUCUCAAUGAUAGAAAAUAUUUUCCUAUCAGAAGCAAAGAAUGCUACAUUUUUCUCCUUUUCUCCUCGAUCCCGCCACCCCUCCUCGUCUUUUAAACUGUUACAUUUGUUUUCCAACUUCUUUGAUAAUUAAGAAACCAACUCGGAUUGUUCCACGCUGGUUCGGCUGGUGUCUGGUUCUGAUAUCACUCCCAUUUCAGUGACCUGGUUGGUCUUGCAGAUCCGGGAUCUAUUUCAGUCUCUGGCUAGGGUUUCAAUUUAUAAGGUGCUUCGAAAUCUUAUCUCGCCUGCUCAUGAUCUUGCGACCGCUGCUAGGAGUAGGGUGUUACUUAGGCUUCGUUUCUAGUUUUUUUGUUUUGUUGUUUCUUGCCUCUUUGUUUGUUUAGUUCUUAGUCCUCUUGUCAAAAAGAAAAAAAAAACCAAAUAAAGGAAAAUAAAAUUUAAGACGGGAUUAUCUCUUUUUUUCUUUUUCUUUUUUACAUCGACUUAAUCUUACAUGGAUUUUCAUUGACCAAAAAAAUCACUUAAAAUGUUUUCACGUGAACCAAACACGGACUACACGACCGCCUUAUUGUUAUGUAAAGAUAAGGUUAUUGAAUCAUGUUCUUACAAAAAAUGCAGAUAUAAGGGAUUAUUAUUAUCAAAAAGAGAGAAAAUUAGAUCAGAAAACAUGGAAAUGGAAUCACAAGAAAUAAUAAAUCCAAAGAUGAAAAAAUAUUUGUUGAUAUUGAAUUGUGUAAUGUUAGGAAUAGGAAUAAGUGGCGGUCCAUUAGUAAUGAGGUUGUAUUACAUACAUGGUGGUAAAAGUAUUUGGCUAUCUUCUUGGUUGGAAACUGGUGGUUGGCCUUUGAUGAUAAUUCCACUUCUCGUCGCUUAUUUCCGUCGUCUUCGUCGUCGUCGUGGUGGUGCAGAUCCUACACAGGCGGCUAAACUCAUCUUCAUCAACACCAACACCUUCUUCUUUGCUGCUAUUGUUGGUUUAGUAGCAGGGGCAGCAGAUUAUUGCUACGCAUAUGGAGUAAAACACAUACCAGUCUCAACAUCAUCAUUAAUCUUAGCAACCCAAUUAGCUUUUACAGCAGUAUUUGCCUUCAUAUUAGUAAACCAGAAAUUCACACCAUACUCAAUAAACUCCAUUGCUCUUCUAACCUUUGCAGCCAUAAUCUUAGCCGUCCAUUCUAACAGUGAUAAGCCAGCUGGAGAAUCCAACGGUCAGUAUUACUUAGGGUUCUUCUUAACCUUAGCCUCUUCUGCAUUGUUUGCUCUUAUGCUUCCUAUGAUUGAGCUUACUUACAAGAGAGUCAAACAGAGUGUGGUGGUGAUUAAUUACUCUUUGGUUAUGGAGAUUCAGCUUGUGUUGUCUUUCUCUGCUACUGUUAUGUGUACUGUUGGGAUGCUUGCUAGUGGUGAUUACAAGGAAUAUGCAAGAGAAAUGCAAGAUUACAAACUUGGGAAAGCAAUGUACUUUGUAGUGCUAAUAUGUAGUGCAAUUGUAUGGCAAUUCUUCUACUUAGGUGCCGCCGGAGUUAUUUUCUACGGCUCGUCGUUGUUGUCCGGAGUAAUUAUAUCGGUCGCACUUCCGAUCACCGAGAUAGCCGCCGUAUUUUUCUACCACGAAACUUUUCAAGUAGAUAAGGGGGUGUCUCUUCUUCUCUCCCUUUGGGGAUUUAUCUCCUAUUUCUAUGGGGAGGCUAAGGAAAUCAAGAAACAAAAGAAGAGACAACAACGAAAUAACACACAAUCUAUAGAUGUAGAAUCAUAAUGUACGUUUUUGUUAGAAUAUGUCUUGAAUCGGUUAAGUUCCCUUCUUACAACGCCCCAGCAGCAUUGGCCGGGUCUAGGUUAUCUGUUUUUAGGCAUUUUCCACAUAUGUUUAGAGAGUACUAUAUCAACUUUGUAGGUCACACUACAAGAAAUUGUACCAUUAACGACGGAAAAUCCUAUCGCUAAAGGCCAAUAGUGGUGGAAUUUUCUGACGCGAACCCUUCAUAAAAGGGGGUCGUUAUUGAUAGAAAAUCGAUCUCGUCGUUAACCCGUCGUAAAAGACAUUUGCGACGGUUGUUCCUUUUUUUAUUUGGUUAUUAGUUUGCGACGGAAUUAGAAUUUUUAAAUCCGUAAAAAUUCCGUCAUUAUUGGGUUGUCAUAAUGAUACACAUUUUUGUAGUAUCAUAAUCUAGUUGUAUUCUGUAAUAUGUACCCCUCGAGGUCAAUAAAGUUUUCCUAUGUAUGUGGAGUUGUGGACGUAGCUGACACGUACAUUGUUAAUGAACCAGUUAAAUUUUUGUGUA